ACUGAUUUCAUUAUCGAAAUGGUAACCUGCAUCGUUGGGUCCAGGAAUGAGGCCGCUUAUCUUCGCUAUCUUGGUCCAGCAUGUUAAUACUGUCAAGCAAACAAAACCAUUCUCGAAUUCCAUAUGUAAAUAGUGCCUUUCCAAAAUCAUCAGGACCAGCCGGCCUACCGAUAAAAGCCUGCCUGGCUUCGAUUGCAAGGCAUAACGAAGUUUUCCCAUCCCCUCAUAUACGCGAAGCCAACCACAGCAAUAGUUCGAUAUAACGAUAUAACGUGCAAUGCCUGUACCAAGCACAUCACUCCCUGAGUGUGCACGCUAUAUCCCUCCACCUGCCACUCAAGAGAAUUUGGACUUUGCGGAACUUGUUAUCAUUGAUUUAGCCAAGGCUCAGACUCCAGAAGGUCGUGCAGAACUUUAUCCUGAAGUGCGCGAUGCCUUACGCUCGAAUGGAUUCGUGUACGCUAUCAACCAUGGAUACACGCAAGCUCAGCGUGACCGAAUAUUUGAUAUAGCCGAUGUGCCUUUCACAGUUGUGCCCCCAGAUGAGAUGAAGAUGUACACGGCGGAUAUUGCAAAGGUGGGACACUAUCAAGGUUACAAGGCUCGUCGGUUUUGGCGUGUUGAUACUGAGAAUCAAGUUCUCGACCAGAUCGAACACUAUGGAAUCAAUAGAAACGUACACAACCGUCCUCAUCCACGAGCCCUACGCCCCUUUAUGCCUGAAAUCGAUGCCUUUGCUAGACACAACCAUACCAAUGUUCUUCAACCAAUCCUAAAGCUGUUGGCGCUCAGCCUUGAGCUCCCAGAAGAUGCUCUGGUGGAUAAACACAGGUUUGAUGUAGCUGGGGAGACAGCAGUACGUUUCAUGAAAUACUACAAACGGUCUGAGGAAGAAGAGAAGCUGUCGAGUAAUGUGUGGUUGAAGGGACACACCGACAUCGGUAGCAUCACCAUCUUGUGGAGUCAGCCUGUGGGUGGUCUACAGAUCCUGUCAAAGGAUGGAAAGUGGAAGUGGGUAAGGCACAUAGACAACGCACUGGUGAUCAAUACUGGCGACGCUAUGGAGUUUUUUUCCGGUGGAUAUUACAAACCUACCAUCCAUCGUGUGGUACAACCUCCUGGAGAUCAGCUCGCUUACGAUCGUCUUGGAGUAUUCUACUUUUCGAUGCCCGAUGAUGAUGUUAGGCUCAUUCCUCUCGUUGAGAGCCCUGUAUUACAGCGUGUAGGUGUGGAGCGUCGAUGUGCAGACGAAGAUGCGCCUUUCUACGAACAAUGGAGGAAGGAUAGGACUACUUCCUACGGACGUACAGAACUGAGGAAAGGCACAGAGAAAGGUGUAGAAGAGCAGAUUGUUCGUGGUAUCGUCGUCAAGAAUUACAACUAAUAUUCUCGCUUUUACGCUGGGUCGUGCGAUGUAUGGUGAACCACUUUUAUUCGAGUUCGACAAUAUUCUCUUUCAAACGAAUCACAUCUGGGAUACCUACAAGCUGGUCAGGUUUGGGGAGGACAGAAUGUAGAAACAUACGGCUUAUGAACCACGCAAAGGAAGCCCCAUAAAUAAUUUAAUACGUUUUCCAAGGUUUACCGGUUACCUGUCUCCUUCACCCAAAUGCAUUCCAAACUGCGGAGAGAUCCUCUCCAGACCU